AUGAAGCUGUACAUUGCCUACGAUACCUGCUCUCGUGCCGCUCAACUCGUGGCGAACGAGCUCGCUCUCGAACCUGAGCUUGUGCACUUCGACGUUUUUGGCAAAACAACCUCAAAUGGCGAGGAUUUCGCCGCCGUCAACCCACUACUUUACGUACCAGCACUUAAACUAGACAAAGACGACGGUGUGAUCUCAGAAACCAUCAUUAUUGCAUCGUUUCUGGCAGAUCAGUACCCGGAAGCCGGUCUCAUCCCUCUACCGGGAACACUAGACCGUGUUAAAAUGGACCAGUUUCUUGUUUUUGUCGCGACUGAGAUUGCGCAGAAACACAUCCCUUUGAUGCGCAAGCUCAUGACUGAGCAAGGCAUCGAGUUUAACAGUCGCAAGUUGCUGAUGGCAUAUGGGCGCUUGGAUGACCGACUCGCUGAUGGCCGACCAUACCUUUUCGGCGAGAAACUCACCGUGGCUGAUGCUUAUGUGUGGGCUACCCUUUGGAACAGCCGCUCUGGCGUCAAUAUUGACCAUCUGAAGAAUCUGGCUGCUUGGAAGGACAGGAUUGAUGCACGCCCCUCUGCAACCAAGGCUAUCCGGGAGGAGGCUGAGAUUGUGGCAUUCCACAAGGCACAGAUGGAAGCUGUUAAAGUGUGA